GAUAUUAAUUGGAUUUCUGAGCUAGGAAACCCUAACCUUGCUGGUAUUGCUUAUCGUGUUAUAUGUCUUGGCAGUCUUGGCAUUCCCACACAUAAUUUCAAAUGACGUCACCUUAUGAUUAUCACAUAAUGAACGCGUCGCGUAUUGAUCACAUGACGUUUUCGGCUUGCCUAGCGACCACGACCACCUGUUUGCUCGCCUACACUCCUUUGGACCCUUCAGCCAUGCAGAACCAGCUCAACAAGACUGAAACGCAGGCAAUAUCGUCUGCGCAGAGUCUUGCAUCGGUCCAGACGUUGUUAAAAGCGGGAUUGGGGUGCAUAACCUUUAUGAGGGAUCUUCUCCCUCACGAUAACUUCUCAGAGAGUCAUUUCGUCACAUCUGAAGAGAGCACCUCGCAAGAUUCGUCGGGAAGUUUCUCGUCCCUUGACCUGCAGAAGAAACGAAAUGUUAACAGUUUUAAAAUUAUGACGAUGACAAGAGGAUAUACCGAUGAAGCCGAUCGGUUGUUGAACUAUUUGGAAUAUGGAGUAUUUGACGCCCUCCAGAAGCAGUAUUUGCGUACUUUCAUCUUCGCCGUUUACCUCGAUAGCAAGGAUCCCAACAACAUCAUCGAAGCAUACAUAUUCAACUUCCAGUAUCAUAAACUUCCCGGAACUGACACCACUGUCCCUGUCAUGACACUUGGCGACGAUACAAAGCGCACGCCACUCAGAGGGUUCAACGCUAGACAGAAAGAUCCUGUCGCUGAGGCAGUGAGAAAAGGGAAGCAACCUACACUUCGAGAUGUUAAAAGAAGUGUUAAGACCCUGUUGAAAACGUUAAUCACAUCGAUGACACAAAUGGACGUUCUUCCAAAGCGUCGGUUUGCUUCUUUCAAAAUGUUUUACACGGACGACACCCCUUCCGAAUACGAGCCCCCUCAUUUCAUAGCUGCGGACGCGGAGAAGGAUAAAUGGUAUUUUAUGACUCAUGACAUGGAUGAGAUACCGGAUAAAUGGAGCGUUGGAAAGGUUGAUACGGGUCAUCAUGCCGUAAAUGUCAGCGUGACUUCUAUCGCCACCUACCUCCCUUCUUCGACAGAAUAUGACAAUGCACCAUUUACUGGGACUACGACGCGCCGCGCGACCGCACCUGGCCUCUCUCCCGCUGAAGAGGCAUCGCUACGUAUGGAGCAAGCCGCCAAGCAGAAAGAAGACGCUGAAAAUAGAAAUAUCGUCUGGUCAGCAGAAGAUGUGAUGUGUGAGGAAGACGCAGACGGAGAGGAUGAGGCUGAUUUCGUGCAGCAGCCUGACGGUACAUAUGUUGCUAGAAUGAUCCGGCAAGAGGCGAAACCUAUACCGAUAGGCGUCAGAACAGAUGGUGGCUGCAUCGAACCGAUACCAGCAGAGAUGAUGCCCGCUGACGAGGAAGUCUUUGGUGGGUCAACCCAGACUGUGCCGACGCGUCUCAAUGAUAUGCUCGCGAAGAAGGCUGCGGAAGUCGUUAUGAUCGACGAGACGCAACCCGUGGGUGAUCAUACCCCAAAACUUGGAUGUCUCGCUUCGGAGAGGGAGAAGUCUACCUCCAUUCAGCCCCGAGACAAUUUACUUGACUUCUCCCCGAUGCAACCUUGCCUCGGCUCGAGAUUAACGACUCCUUCUCCUGGAUCCCCACUGCGCAGCAUUCCUGAUAAUAAUGACAUAGACACACAGCUAUUGCAGAAGCUAGUGUUAAGUGCCAAUAAUGGAGACGAUACUGAGAUGCUAGGUGCGACGAUUAGAUACUACCUAUUACUUGUUACUUGCCAUCUCUCAGAUAUGGAGACGCAAGCACUAGAUUAUUGCCAUCCCUCAGAGGGUAUACAAUCAUACGGGCCAAGUAAUCAAAGCGUCCCCGAGGUCAUCGACGCCGAUACUGCAACACCAAAGCAGGCGAAAAAAAUCAAAUGCGACACUGACGUCGUUGAAUGCGAAUGUGGUGUUUUUUUCGAGGACAGCUGCUGCCUAUGUGAAGGCGGUUGCCAGCGCUGGUACCAUGUCUGGUGCAUGGGAUAUCAUUCCGCCCAAGAUCCACGCCUUCCGGAACUGUUUAUCUGUUUUGACUGUCGUGUGCGCGCCGACCCAUCGUGGGGGUUGAUUAAAAUGGACCUUUUUUCCACGAUGCUGUCCAAAUUCAGAGAACUAGCAACUUUCAGGCGAGCGGUCAAAAUUGCUGAGAAAUUUGAACCCGAAACAGCUGCUCAGUUCACGAAGCGAAUGGGAUGCGAGAACAAUCUUGGUAAACAGUUGUUCAAACGCCUGGAGAUUGAAAACUUCAUAAUCGAGCAUGAGACUGUCGUCAAUGAUAUUGGUCUCACGGAGAGUCUAGCUCGGAACGGUAAAGGUAAAGGUAAGACGAAAGGAAAGCAAACGAAAACUCGGAGAAACGUCCAAAAAGCGAAAUAUGUUUUUAAUCGUCAAUCGAAACAUUCCAAGGAAUAUUCAGAUUAUUUCGACCCAAGUCACGAAGCGGAGAGUCGCCUCUUAGGCUUGCUACAAACGAAAUCAAGCGCGAGGUCACGCCCUGACCUGUCGACAAUAAAACCUCAGAUUACCCCGCUGCCUCCGGCCAAAGUUCUCGUGAAUGACACGCAGACUCAGGACGACCUUGAUACUCAGACGGCGCUACCUUCGUUAUCCGCCGACAAGUUGAAACGAUCUACACUUGACGAAGACUCGAGACCCAGGAAGAGGGUGAAAGUUUCUGUAGCGCCUGGUGUCGAUCUGGCGGAGUGACAUGCUGGUUCUUUGGUCUUUGGUUAUUCUUUUGCUUCGGAACGCUCUGUGCUUGCUGUCUUGUUCACAUCACUUCUAGCGGGAUGCUGCCG